AUGUCACCAAUCGCCGUCCCCGUCGUGCGAUCCUCGCCAGUCCCCUUCACUUCGCGCAUUGCCCCUUUCUUCCGCGUUCGCCUCCACAAUCUCCCGCUCAAUCCCACUUUCCGCCUUCCCUCCUCUGCCCGUAUAGGUUUCCGCGGGCGGCAGCCUUUUCCCCGUAUCCCUCCCGCCUCCACCGCCUCUCGCGUGGGCGCCCUUCGCAUUUCCCCACCAGCUCCCUUUGGCGCAAUCCGCUCGUGGCGGACUCGCCACUCCGCACCCGCGGAAGCAGGAGGCGCAGCGGAAGAGGAAAGCGCGCCUGAAGAAUUCGCAUGUGCGGGGGAGGGAGUUGAGGGGAGGGUUUGGGAAGCAGGGGGAGAGAAGGAGGGAGCGGGUACAGGGUUCAGGGUAGACGGGGGCGGAAAGGAAGGAGUAGGGGGACGACGAGGAGGGGACGACGGGGAGGGCGGAGAGGAUUGGGAGCGAAUGGCGGCGACAGAGGAGUCAGUGGGCAUAUGCUGCUAUGCCAACGACCUGCCCGGCAUUCACGGCGUGCUCAAACAGAGGUUCGCAGAUUUUAUCGUGAAUGAGGUCGCACCAGAUGGCACAGUGGUGCAUCUGACCCACCUGCACGUGCCGCCCGCACUGCUAGCCCAGGAGCAGCAGGCGCAGCAGCAGGCGCGCAGGCGCGAGGCGGAGAGUCUGGGGGAGCUGGUGGACGCGCAGGGAGUGCUGGCGCAGCUCCGCCAGGCGCUGGGGGGAAGCGGGGAGGGGGGAGAGGGAGGGGGAGGGGGAUUGCGCGAUGAGGAAGAUGCGAGGAAGGUGGUGCAGCUGCUGGAGGGGAUUAGGAGCAUUCAGCUGUGGUGGAAAGAGAAGAAAGGGGGAGGAGGGGAGGGAGGAGUGGAGGGAGGAAAGGAGGGAGGAGAGGAGGGCGCUGGGGGGAAAAAGGCGGAGGGGAGCGUGCAGGGAGGGGAGGGGGAAGGAGUAGAGGCAGGGAAGGGGGCUCCUCCCCCUAUGCCUGAGCCGGUGGUGUUUGCUCCAAGUGCUGACAAGGCGUACCGUGCUCCUCUGAGAAUUAAUUAUUAUCUCCCAACUGCCCCCCGCCCCCCCUUUCCCCACCACCACCACCACCACCACCACCACCACCACCACCACCACCACCACCACCACCACCACCACCAGGCCAUGCACGCGUUUUUCAAGGCCUUCCCCAUUCUCGUCUCUGAUACCAUCGACGCCCCUCAAGGCCCCCCCUACCGCUGUGUGCGCCUGCGCUUCCUCCCCCCGCCCGCCCUCAACCUCAAGGGCGGAGGGGGCGCGCAGGGGAGCGCGGACGAGGGGGGGAAGGGGGGCAGAGGGGCGGGGAUGGGAGGGGGUGGCGGGAGGGGCGCUGGGGGGGAAAGAGGGGGGGACGGGGCGGGAGAGGGGGAUGGCGGAGAGGGGGAGGCGCAGGGGGGGGAGCAGGGGGAGGAGGAUCAGCCGGCGUUUGACAGGAGGGGGAGGAAGGGCGCGGAUGGGGUUCCUGCAACCACUGCCCGCCGCUUCCUCAUGUUCCACGUGCUCAAGGAGAACAAGGACACCAACGAGGCCAUGGCGCUGGUGGGGCGCUACCUGGGCGUGCAGCCGCGCGCGCUGGGCUUCUCCGGCACCAAGGACAAGCGCGCCGUCACUGUGCAACGGGUGACAGUGAGCAACCAGUCGGCGCGCAAGGUGGCAGCACUCAACGCCAAGCUGUUUGGCAUCCGUGUGGGCGAUUACCGCCUCGUGGACCAACCUCUUGUGCUGGGGCAGCUGGCAGGCAACCGCUUUCUUGUCACGCUGAGGGCCGUGAGAGCGCACAGUAUAGACGCCAUAACAGCAGCAGCGGAGGGCCUUCGCUCUCACGGCAUCAUCAACUACUUUGGCCUUCAG